AUGCAGCUCAAACUCGCCUUCUUCACCCUUGUUUCCAUCCUUGCUUUCAACGGCGUGUCUGCUGAAGAGGGCGACGUCCACACCGUGACGCGCGUUUUCCACACCAUCGUCAAGCAGUCACCGUACCUUGUCGACAGGACCACCACUGUUGUCUGGACUGAGGGACCAUCUAUCGCAGAUCCCAGCGCGACCGCUGUCCCACCCGAGGUCGACCAGACCGUCGUCUACGGUGAAGGGCCCCUUCCCACCGUCUACACCGAGGCGGACGAACUUUAA